AGAUUGCACAUCGCACACCAUAGCUAAAAUCUCGAUCUCGCAAUGGAAAACGACCAGGGCGUUCUUGUUGACCUCUACGUCCCCCGCAAGUGUGCGGCCACCAACCGCCUAAUUACCUCCAAGGACCACGCUUCGGUCCAGAUCAAUGUCGCCGAUGUUGACGCCAAUGGCCGUGCCCUGACCACUUACACCUCGUUUGCGCUCUGUGGACAAGUGCGAUCACAAGGGGAGAGCGAUGACUCUGUUAACCGGCUAGCAACGAAGGCGGGUUUGCUCCGGAAUGUGUGGUCGUACCAAAAAUAAACGUUGUUGUGUUAGAGCGUUCGUCAUAUCAUCAUUUUACUUGCUCUGUUGAUGUUGUAACCUGUGGGGUGAACACCUUUAUGCCCAUGUUAAGUGCAUGCACACUACGUAUGCGCGUGGACCAAAACGACCUGGCGUUUAACGAACAAAACUGCAAUAAUCGUGCAUCUUGACCUACAAAAGGGUCUCUUAAACAGCCCUACAGUCUAAUACUAACCUCGCUGCUUACCACGCUCCGUAUAUAUAUAAACACUACUGCCACAGUUGUUUGACUGACGGAUCUUGACUGUUAUCGGUGUUUAGCUUCCUGCCGCGGCGCGGGCCCAUCUUUGAACAGUAAAAAGACCUGCUCUGGAAGAACGUUUCUUUACCGUGGUGUACUUCGAAAGCGUGGUCGACGUUGAUGGUCAACAGAUACUAAACGAAG